AUGUUUCUUUCUACCCUUUUUGUCGUGCCCUUUGCGUCUGUCACCCUCGCAGCACGCAUACCACAGGCUGGCUCUGCACUCGCCCGAGCUGAACUGGACACGGUCAUGGAUGUGACCGCUCCAUCUUUCACCUGGCCCCAUGCUUCUACAAUGAUCUCCACGAGCUCCGUCUCAUCAGCUUGGCCGGCCAAGUCGGACCCUGCUGUGCCAGACGAGAAAUACGCUGGUGUCUACAUCUGCGAAGACAUUGCCUGGGGCGGCCACUGUGAACACAAGCUGACCAAGCCCGGGGGCGCGGACAUUGACUGCACACAGCUGAGCGGGAACGCAUCGUCGAUUGGGCCGGAUCCGGGCUUCUUGUGUGAAUUUUACACGAACGCAUAUUGUCGUAAACUUCAGAGCAACGGGCUAGAUUUCAUUGGUCUGACUUGGCCUGGCAUUGCGGAUUUGAGGGCUACGGAAAAGGGCGAUCUAAAUGAUAGGCUGCAUAGUUAUGUUUGUUUUAGGCUGAAGGAGCUGUCGUGA